GCAGGCGCGCUGCUCCGGCCGCUCCGAUUCCGGGCUCCGCUUCCUUCCAGCAGGCCCCGCCGCCCCGGGCGGACCCCGCGCCCCUCGCCCGGCCCGAGGUGGGCGGCGGACGCGCCGCUCGCCCCGCGUGCACCCGCCACCGCCCUUUCACCCCACCCCCGAACCCCGCCGCACCGGCUUCCCGCCGCACCGGGCUCGGCCCCGCCGGGCGGCGGCGGCGGCGGCGGCGGCUUCUCCGGAGGCUCCGGCUUCCUCCGCCCCUUCCGCCCCCCCCCCCCCCGUGCCCCCCCCCGCCGGCCCAGCCGAGCCCGGAGGCCCCCGGCAGCGCCGCAUGGAGCAGCCGGCGGCGGGCUGAGCCCCCUGCCCGGAGGGAGGUCUCAUGGUACCAAGUGACGUGUCACCCCUGUGAGAUUUCUGCCCCGCAGCCUCCUGAGAAGAUGUCAGGGAUGCAGGCCGUUUGGCCAUCUGGUACAGAAUGUAUCGCCAAAUACAACUUCCAUGGUACCGCUGAGCAGGACCUGCCCUUCAGCAAAGGAGACGUCCUUACCAUUGUCGCUGUCACGAAGGAUCCCAAUUGGUACAAGGCAAAGAACAAGGUGGGCCGGGAGGGCAUCAUCCCUGCUAACUACGUGCAGAAGCGGGAAGGAGUGAAAGCUGGGAUCAAGCUCAGCCUCAUGCCGUGGUUUCAUGGGAAGAUCACACGGGAGCAGGCAGAGCGGCUGCUGUACCCACCUGAGACAGGGCUUUUCCUGGUGCGGGAGAGCACCAACUACCCUGGGGACUACACCCUUUGUGUCAGCUGUGAGGGGAAGGUGGAGCACUACCGCAUCAUUUACUCCUCCAGCAAGCUGAGCAUCGACGAGGAGGUCUACUUUGAAAACCUCAUGCAGUUGGUGGAGCAUUACACCACGGAUGCGGAUGGGCUCUGCACCCGCCUCAUCAAACCGAAGGUCAUGGAGGGGACGGUGGCAGCGCAGGACGAGUUCUCCCGCAGCGGCUGGGCCCUCAACAUGAAGGACCUCAAGCUGCUACAGAUCAUUGGCAAAGGGGAAUUUGGAGAUGUGAUGCUGGGGGAUUACCGGGGGAACAAAGUUGCCGUGAAGUGCAUUAAAAAUGAUGCCACAGCGCAAGCCUUUCUGGCAGAGGCAUCCGUGAUGACGCAGCUCCGACACAGCAACCUGGUGCAGCUCCUGGGCGUGAUCGUGGAGGAGAAGAGCGGCCUUUAUAUCGUCACUGAGUACAUGGCCAAGGGCAGCCUAGUAGACUACCUGCGGUCACGUGGGCGGUCAGUCCUCGGUGCAGACUGCUUACUGAAGUUCUCCUUAGAUGUCUGUGAGGCCAUGGAGUAUCUGGAAGCCAACAACUUUGUCCACCGGGACCUGGCAGCAAGGAAUGUCCUAGUCUCAGAGGACAACAUUGCAAAGGUCAGCGAUUUUGGGCUGACCAAGGAAGCCUCCUCCACGCAGGACACGGGGAAGCUGCCAGUGAAGUGGACAGCGCCAGAAGCACUUAGAGAAAAGAAAUUCUCCACCAAGUCAGACGUGUGGAGCUUCGGGAUCCUCCUCUGGGAAAUCUACUCCUUCGGGCGAGUGCCUUAUCCGAGAAUCCCCCUGAAGGACGUGGUACCCCGCGUGGAGAAGGGCUAUAAGAUGGAUGCUCCUGAUGGCUGUCCUGCCGUUGUCUACGAGGUGAUGAAGAAGUGCUGGACCCUGGACCCCAGCCACCGGCCGUCCUUCCACCAGCUCCGUGAACAGCUAGUGCAUAUCAAAGAGAAGGAGCUCUACCUGUGAGGGGGGGCUCACCCACCCCGGCAGCCAGAGGGGACCCAUGCUGGGGGGGAACCAGGGUGUGGGCAGCCCUCCUGCCCAGCCCUGGCACCAGGAGCAGCUGGAAGGGAGCUCCGGGGGUAUUCUCCCCCCACCCCCCGCCAAUUCUCCCGGUCGCUUCCAAACUUCCAAAUCAGUCUCUUUUUUUUUUUUUUUUUUUUUUUUUUGACAGGUUUUGGGGUUAUUUUGGUCUCCCAGGCUCUUUUUUUUAUUUUGGGGUGGGUUUUUUUGUUUUCUCAGUUUGGGGGGGAUGUUGUUGGGGUUUUUUUGUUGUUUUUUAUUAUUUCAAGCAGGGCUCAGCUGAGUGCUGGGUGUUUUACUAAAGUACGAAUCUUAUUUUUUAAUGUAAUUAAAAGAAGAAAAAAAAGAAAAAAAGGAGAGAGAAGGUGGUUAAUAAAAGAAUAAUAAUAAAUAAGCCAAUGAAACGGACACACGAAAAGGAAACCACAACGACAGAAGUGAUGGUUAAAGGGGAGACGCUGGACUCGCUGCCUGGUUGGGAGAGCGCGGCCGCGUCCCCACGAGACGCUUUUUUUGGGGUUGUUUUGCUUUAAACUCGUUGCAAUGUUUGCAUGCUGUCUCCAGAGGCCUUUUUUUCCAGUCCUGUCCAGUGCUUUAUUCUCAUGUAAUGCUACCGACUGUGAGAUUAAAACUGUAAUAAAAAAACCAUUCCAUAUGGACGCGGCA